AUGGUGGCACAAUUCAAAAAAGCAACUCCAAGGGUAUCAGAAAUUCCUCAACAUUUCGCAAGAAGUGUUCCUUUAAAUUUACAUUAUACCCUUAAACAUAAGGACACUGGACAUUACUUAGAAAUUGUGACCAUGGUUGAUGAGCACUGUAAUCAUGAUUUAAAUAGUAUUACUUUCCAAUCCUUACCUAAACAAAGAAUGCUUUCUGUGGAGGAAAGGCAAAUAGUCGAAAAUUCGUUAAAACUAAAGGCAAACAAGCUAAAAAUUCAGGAAUCUCUUCUGAAAAUGGGUAAAAAAAUGACACUUAAAGAUAUACAUAAUGUCCAGACAAAAAUUAAUAAAACCAAGACCAAUGACUUAGCAAGUAUUUUUGAACUAUUAAAAAGAGAUAAAGGAGCCAUUGUUGAGGUUGCUGAAGAAAAUGAUGUAUUGCUAGGUAUUUUCUUUCAGGACAGGAUAAUGCAACAAAAUCUAAAAAGAUUUCCUGAAGUUAUGUUUGUAGAUGCUACCUACAAAUUAAAUAAUUAUGGAAUGCCUUUAUUCAUCACUUUGGUUGUUGAUGGUAAUGGUGAGUCACAAAUCCUAUCACUUUGGCUUGUACAAAGUGAGAGCUAUAAGUGUGUCAAAACGAUGUGUGUUUAUAUGAAAUUCCAUAAUAAUAACUUGGAAGAUCUGGAGGUUAUUGUUGCAGAUAAAGAUAUGGCAGAUAGACAUGCCUUUUAUGAUAGUUUUCCUGGGGUGAGCAUACAUAUCUGUAUAUUUCAUGCUCUUAGAAUAUUUAAGAGAGAAAUUACAGUGGAUAAAAGAAAUAUCACCUCAUCUGAAAUUAAGAUAGUACUGGAUAUAUUACAAAAAAUGGUCUAUAGUAAGACAGAGGAUAUAUACAAUGAUCUACAUUCAAAACUUAUUGAAUUAGACAUGCCUCUAGUAUCAUUAUAUUUUAAUAUUAAGUGGCACCAUAUCCGGAAAGAAUGGGCGAUAUACUGGAGAAAUGAGUCACCACAUCUCCUCAAUCUAACCAAUAACCGGCUUGAAUCAUUAAAUCAAAAGAUAAAAAGAGUUGUUAACAAAUAUUCACCAUUAAACGACCUUUUUUCGGAUUUAUCAACAGUGGUUGGUUCCCAGGCAUAUGAAAGGCAAUUUAGAAAUAUAAUGAGUGUAGAGAGGCAACAGAUUGUCAUACGCAUCAUAUACCCCGAGCAUGCAUACUCCACUCUUUAA